CCUGUAUUGCGCGUGUUGUUAUUAGCGGCAUUUUCGUUCUGGCUCUCUUGAUAUGUGUUGUCUUUCCCGCUUCGUUUGAUAUAUACUGUACCUUUCGUGCUGUGCAGAGUAUGUGCAGUGUUUUUUGUGAGUCUGGUACCUAGUAUAGCGGCGUCAUUGUAAGUUGCGGAAGUUUCUGUGCAAAUUCCUCGAUAUGGCACCUGUAUCAUCAAAGCAGCAGGAGACGCACAAAAUGAGCAAAACCUACACCGUGGUCAAGUUCACUCAGGGUCAGAACGAAACCGUGGAAUUCGUUCCCACAAAAUGGAUCGUCGGCGGAAAGUUGUGCCUGUGGCCGGCAGGCAAACCGAAUUCACGAUUCACACAGAUGAUAAAGGACCGCUGCGAUCCUGAAGAUGACUGGACGCUGUGCGCGUGUGUGUGCAUGGCAUCUUUCAACAGUUACAAAAGAGCAAAGAAAAACGCUAGGGAGGCAGAAUAUACUUCUCACCUAGAUACCGAAUCCAGUGAAGAGGAGGAUGCAGGUACCCAGGAUACAGGUCCAGCCGAUGUAAUCCCUCCACCGAGGAAAAGGCUGCGGUUGCCAUCACCACCUUGUGAUGUGAUACACCUGAACGGCAGUCCUCGCACCGUGACACCACCGCCUCCUCCGAGCAGCGGGCCCGUCGCACAUCUGCCUCCAUCAAGCAGCAGGCCUGUGACGCCGUCGCCUCUUCCGAGCAGUGUUUGGUCCAGCCAUGACGCACCCUUCCAAGGACACUGUAAGCCCCACUGAUAUUACAAGCUCUUCACCAGGCAACACCAACACUCAGACACUAGCUCAAAAUGCUGAAGUGUGCGUUACGCGUGGACCGCCUUGCUAUUGUUGGGGGCAGCACGCUCACUGACGUCGUGCGACUCAUUAUGGAGACGUGCUCCAGAAAGGCCUUGCAACAGCAGGUGACAGUUGAAGGCCGUAACGGCAAAAAGGCCUUCAAGGGCACGCAGUUGUUCGCGUGCAUAAUUGGUGAGUAAUAUAUGGCAUGGUUGUUUCCAUUUGCUUUUGCUUUGUAUUACAUAUCUUUCCUAACCAUAGAAACCUUAAGUAGUUCCGGCAAUACAUAGUCUGUCUUUAGUUUUUGUUUUAAUCCGCUCUGUGACAGUGCAUUGUUAUGUCUUCAGUGCUAUGGCACCUGAUUGAACUACAUACCAUAAAGAUGCUUUUGCUGUUAUUGGACAGAUUAUUUCUAGCCAUUUGCAUGAACAGAAGUCUCAGAAUAAUAUUCAUGUCAUGAACUUCAGCAUAUUUGCCAGUUUUCCAAGCACAUGUUGCCUGGAGAGAACAGUUUCUCUGCAUAGUAUUUGUUGGAAUUAAAUAUUACGUAGAGGGCUGUCGAAAUGCAGGCACUGCACCCUGUGGUUGUAUGUUGCUAUGAUGAUGAGCAACGUCAACAACAGCAGCAGAGACGUGCACCAGAAACUCCCUUCAGGGGAUACACGUCACUUCACUUGUAUGCUUGGUGAGUGGUGUUUGGGUGGUUUUCCUCGGCUGCAGGUCAUAUGCUGCAUGAUGACUGCAGUAGAGCCUCAUAUAAUACCAAUGACAGUGUAAUUGGUUAUGUCAUCAUAGUUGCACUUUUUGUAACAUCUGGUUGCAGAAGAAUGAAAAAAAAAACUAUAUAUAUAUAUGAAUAUAUAGUGUAAAUUUCUGUGGACGAGGGAUGCUUCUCCCUUGCCAGUCCCUGGAUGUGGCAUAUGCAUUUUCCGCAAGGUAAUUAAUCUGUUGUUGUGUUUGUUUUUCAAAAGUGGCUGUCCACAAGCGCAUGCAGUCCCUGGGCAUCACGGUCACAGACAAGGAAAUAACUGCCCGUAUUGGCAGGUAUUUGACGUGCGCCAUUGACCGGGAAGGUGGUCGAAAGGAAAGACUGCAUUCAAAACAGUAAAUAAAAAUAUAUGGUAUUUUUCCUCA